GUGUCUCUGAUUCAACCAAGCCCAUAUAUUAUGGAUGUGAUAAUGAAGAUAUUGAAGAAUUUCUUGAGAAUUACAAAGUGUAUAGUGCAUCAAAGAACUGGGAUGAAGACAAAAUACAACAAACUGCGAUUAUCGAUGAAGCCCAAGCAUCUUGUGAUAUAGAAGAAAAGUUAGAGCAAUUAAAAAGUGUAAAGCAAAAACUAAAUAACACUAUCAAAGCAUACACAAACAUGUUCGAUGCAUGUGCAGAAGCUGUAAAGAAUAAUGUAAGGGUUUGGAAAAAAGACAAUAGUGCUAAAAGUAGAAAAUACGGUAAAGACAAUGAGUAUGUGGUAAAAAUUCCUACUCGAACUAUAAAUGAAGAGCAAAAUGUAACCAAACCAGAUGUGAAUGAGCUUACCUCGGCUUUUGGUGUCUUGAAAAUUUGCCAUGUUGAACAAAAUAAUUGUUCUACUCGAAUGAUGCAACCUCAAUCUAAUGAUCAAAUGAAUGCAGCAAGAAAUAACCAACUUGAUAACCCUGAGGUUAGAGGUAUGAAUAUAUAUUAUCUUGAAGUUAAAGAAUCAAUUAAGGAUGAAGAUAAUGAAUACUUGAAAAUUAAGUUAGAAAAAGAGAAAUCGUUAUUUGAUAGCAUCUAUGAUGAGAUAUCUGAAGAUAACAACAAUUACAAAAAAGGAUCUAUAAUAUAUAUUCUGAUCUCUGAGCUAACAAUGAAAUUGGACGUUUUGAAAACUAUAGCAUCGCCAAGCUUCUGA